AAACAUUAGGUGGUGUCCUUGUGCUUACAUUUGUAACAACCUGCCUUACCGGCGUUAGCAUUGUGCUUUAUUGAGUUUAUAGCUGCAUCUUUUUUGUUAGUAGCUUGCAUACAUAACCCAUAACCCUCAGUGGUGGGUGGAUGUUUGGAAGCGCGGCGUCUGCAGCAUAAUUAAAACAUGGCGGACUCGGAGGAAUUUAGACUUAAACGAUUAAAGCAUGAGGAGCACCUGUCCAGAGUUUUUGAUGAAGUAAUGGGGCUUGGAGAAUUUGCUGACUCCUCCAGGGGCUCUGCCAGCUCUACCAGGAGUGGAGGUCAGGACGAGACAAAGGGAGUAGACGAAACCUCAGGACAAGGGGAGAACCAACCAGUAGAAGAAGAGGACAGCAACGGCAGCAGACAAGAAGAGAAGAUGGAUGAGGAGAUUGGAGAGUCAUCCCUUCCUCCCAUUUCCUCCCCUGCAUCUGUCCGACGCUCCUCGUUUACCAUGAGUACAACCGAAGGAGGAGGAGGGGGAGGAAGUGGAGGGGCAGCAUUUGAUGAUGCGUUGGAUGGCCUUCCUUCGUAUGGGCCAGAAGAAGAAGAAGAGGAAGACUGGCACUUCGCCCUGCCGAUGGGCACCCUGGAGGAUGUUAGUGUGGGUAAGACAAAAGGAAAAACAGGCCUACCAGGAGCAGGGAACAACACAACUCGAGGGGAGCCCUUUCCUCAGGAGGAAGAGAGGGAAGCAAGCAGUGGGUCCGCUAACACCUCCCACUCCUCACAGGACCACACACCUGAAAACAGCCGAGAUGGAGGCACCCUGACCCAGACAGAGGAGACAGAAGACAGCCAACAGGGAGAGAGGUCGGAGGCAGCUCCAACAGAGGACAGUAAUCCCCCAAUGCCUGCUAGUAUCAAUAUUAAAGAUGAGCCCAUUGAUGAGGGUUAUGAUGCUGCCUUACUGCCUCAGAGCUCCAUCAGACAGAUCAAAGAGGAGCUGGAGCAUCAGGAGGAAGAGCUGAGGAUCAGCUCUGUCUACUCUGUAGGUGGAGGAAACGCGUUUGCACCCCCUACCAUUGGAUCAGCUGGCAGGAUAAAUAUCCUGCUUGGAGGGAUGAACAACUUUGUCAACUUUACUGAAAACCUGCAGGAGAAAGCUGAAAUGAGGGCGGCUUGUCACACAUUGCCAGCAGCAGUCCCAGCUCCCCCUCCAGCAGCCAUUUUCAUCCCAGGUAGAGGAGCUGUCCUACAAGCCAUGACUCCCCUCCCUCUCAGACCACCAGCUCCAAUCCCAAGUACUCUACCAGCUCUGAUACCAGCGCCCCCACGCCCGCCUCCACCUGCAGUUCCCGGUAGUGUUCGCUGCAGUGGCUGCUCUAAGGUUCUGCUGAAAGGCCAAACGGCAUUCCAAAGAAAAGGUUCGACGCAGCUCUUCUGCUCCACGGUCUGUCUGACUGGCCAUCUGCCUCCAGCCAACAAGAACCGAUCUUGUUUCCAGUGUAACAGGGAGAUUCUUCAGCCCAGGGACAUGAUCACGAUUCCAGAAGAGGGCACCUACAUUAACUUCUGUGGCCAGUUUUGUCUGUCUGUAUUUCGACACAAGAAGAAACAGACUGAUAAGGGUCCUGAUAAAUGGACUGACAAACGACUGGAGAAGAAACCUGAGAAGCCGCCUGAGAAACAAGUGGAGCGGCAAGCUCCUGAAAAGCCCUUUUGCAGUGUCUGCAGAGUGUCUAACAGGCAGAUUGAGCACGAGGUCACCCAUCAAGGUCGUCUGCACAGACUCUGUAGUAACGCUUGUUUUGUAACAUGGCGCAAGAUGCGGCAGUUAGCCAUGAACUGCUGUGAAGGCUGCGGACUUUACUGUAAUAGCAACUCAGGCUCCUGUCACACGCUCACAAUUGAAAGAUCUCAGCUCAACUUCUGUGGCCCCACCUGUAUUAACACCUACAAACAGACCUGCAGAAAGUUGGUUUCCUGUGCCUGCUGUCACAAAAUGGCAAUAGCGUCCUCCACCAUCAUGGAACGAGACCAAAGGGGCAAAGUCCAGCUUUACUGUUCAUCUGCUUGUGUGGAACAGAGUCGACCACCUCGACACGUUCUUAUGGGUGCUGCAUUCCCCUGCUGCCAGUGCAGGGUGUCAGCUGUUCCUCAGUAUCAUCUGGCCAUGGUGGACGGCACCAUUCGUAACUUCUGCUCCUAUGACUGCGUUACUAUAUACAGGAAAUCUGGAAACACCUCUCAGCCAGACAUGACCAAUGGAACCUCCGCUUUAAAGGACUCCUCCCACAGAGACGCCCCUAAACAGGGACCCUCAGCUGGAGCCAGCUCAGUCCCUCCCAUCCCUCAGGACUACCCAUCUUCAGUCCCCUACCCAGGCCACCAUCCCAGUCAUAGCUCAGUGCCCCCACUGGUGCCUCCCUACCCAGCCAUAUCUUCCCCCUCUGUCCCAGGGCAGGCCCAGGCCAGAGCACCUGCUGAUAAGCCCCAGAAACCUGCAGAGGGCGGAACCAGUGAUAACUCCAAGCUGACCUGCCAUCAGUGCAGCAAUCAGUUCAGCAUGAAGCCGCUGCUAUUCAGUCACCAAGGACGUAUUUCUAUGUUCUGUGGUAGGAAGUGCUGUGAGCAGUAUAAAACCCAGAAGAAUAUUCUGAUUCAAUGUGAGUGCUGUAAACAGGAGAAAGUGCACUUUGACACCAUCAGCUACAACCAACAGGACCUGGUCUUCUGCAGUGAAAGCUGUAAGCUGCUUUUCAAACAUGACCUGACAUCUCGUAACAAGGAUCAUCCUUGGCGUCCCUGCACCUACUGCUCUGGCAUCGGCCAGAAGAUGCUCCACAGUCACUAUGGAGGCAGGAUGGAGGAGUUCUGUAGACCCCACUGCAUGUCCCAGUACACUGUACUCUACUAUGGGAUGGGUCGAUGUGACAGUUGUAGGAAACAGGGCUACAUGACUGAGAAGCUGCAAUGUUUGGGCUCAGUCCGUAAUUUCUGCAACAUGACCUGCCUGCUGCAGUACUGCAACGUGCAUUUUGAGACAAGCCAACACAGCAGCAGUAAUGGUACUGGAACGGCCCCACAAACACCAUAUGCUCCAACACAGCCCCACCACUCCUCAAAGAUGAACCCUGUCAUAGCUGAUGUCGUGUCACUGGCCAAUGGCUCUGCCACUCAGCCCAGUGUAACAGCAGAUACUGCUUUUACUGGAGCACUUCCGACCACUGAUGGCAAGAACCUAGACCAUGCCAGUACCCAGACUGAUGCCAUGCGAGUGCCUGUCCCCCGUCGACGUCAAAUGAAGAACAAGUCAGUUUUGUGUCGGCCCUUCACUAUGGACCAAGAGAGCAUGUGCCAGAUGUCCACAUCUUCCACUGAAACAGCAGCUCAGCCUCUGCCCUCAGUUAGCUCCUCAGCGGGAGAGGAGAAAGUGAAGGUGAUAAUGGUGCCAGUUCCAGUACCAGUCUUCAUUCCAGUGCCUAUGAACAUGUACUCCCAGCACACACCUGUUCCGAUGGCUAUGCCUUUGCCUGUUCCAGUACCCAUGAUCAUACCACCACAGAGCAAGGACAUGAUAGAUGCAGCAGUCCAAUCAGAGCCUUUGGCGUUAGAGGAAGAAAAACAAAAAGAUGGGCCUGUUUCCAGCACAGACCAGAGUAGUUCUAACAGUGGAGACAUGAAGUCAGAGGUGGUCACUCCCAUAAGCUGUGAAAAUGAGGAGACUCAAAAAGCGGUACAAGCCGACCUGCCGCUUACUGUCAGCUCAGAGAGGAGCACAGAGUCAGCUGAUCCUCAACUUGAUACGAAGCCAGAGGAGACCACCACGACAAGUGACCCACCUACCACCAGUGCUGAGGAUCAACCUCCCUCCUCUCCCAUGAUGGACUUGGAGACUGACUUCCCGUCCGAACCGUUAGAUCAGAAGCCACCUGCACCACAGCGAGGAGUGAAGAGACCCAGGGACGUUUUCUCCAGCCGAAAACGGAGUCGAAGGCGAACCGUGUUGAACCGCACUGCAGUGGUGACUCCAGCCCCCGCCAAACUGAACCACCUGUAUGGAGUUAAAGCCUGGAGGAGCUGGGUCCAACAACGAAACAAACACCAGAAAGAAUCCAAUAUCGUGGAUAUUAAAGAAGACGUCCUUCAGUGUGACUCCGCUGAGCUGAGCUUUGCUCUGUCCUGCUUCAUCAGAGAAGUAAGACGGCCUAAUGGAGAGACCUACAGCCCAGACAGCAUCUUCUACCUCUGUCUGGGGAUACAGCAGUACCUGUUCAUGAAGGGCCGCAUAGAGAACAUCUUUACCGAUGCGCUGUACAGUCAGUUUGCCACCAACAUCAGUGGGAUGCUGCGACUCUGGAAACCGAAACCGCUGCCUAGUGGUGGUGCUGUUUCCUCCCGUGUUGUGGAGUCCUACCUGUGGGAGUGUAAGCAGCUGGGCGCCUACUCCCCCAUAGUGCUGCUCAACACGCUGCUCUUCUUUUGCACCAAGACCUUCGGCUUCACCACGCUGGCACAGCACCAAAGCCUCUCCUUUACCAACUUCACUCUACACUCCAAACCCUGCAGCCGAGCCGGCAAAGUCCACUACCUCCGAUACCAGAGAAGCAGCACUGGCACGCCCCAUGCAGAGCGAUUGAGAAAAAAGCAGGGAGAGGAAGAGGUAGACCUGGAGAUGCUGGAAAAUGUCGCCAACCCUCUACACUGUCCUGUCAGACUCUACGAGUUCUACCUCUCUAGAUGCCCUGAGUCGGUGAAGAAGAGAACUGACCUGUUUUUCCUACAGCCUGAACAGAAUGUGCACACUCACAGUUCCCACUGGUACACCUCUCAACCAUUAGAGAGCACCACUCUACAGAGCAUGCUCUCACGCAUCAUGGCCGUCAAAGAGGUUCACCAGGAACUCGAAAAAACUCAACUUCAGUCCUCAGCCGCCGGUGGUGAUGACAGUUUACAGUGAUGUAGAGCUCUGCUUUUUCACACCCUGCUUUCUCUGCAACAGAAACCUCCUGCGAUGCCGAACGGUUCACAGUGAAUUACAGCUGUACGUACGCCCAUCAGUCAUUUAGACGGAGGCCAACAGGUCUUUAAAACGGGAGACAGAACAAAGACACAAUCAAGGGCACUUUGUCACAGUGAGAGACCAAUUUCAAGAACAUUCAGAGUGUGUUAUCGCUGUAUUGGCCAUCCAUCCCCUCCCCACAUAACUGCACAAUGAGUUUACAAACAUCUGAUAGUCUAAUAUAUGAUAAAGGGAGUGUUAAAGAGUACAUCGUAAACCAGGUCUUCUUUUCUCAUCCUGUCACAACAGAGUGAUAUUUCUGCCCAUCAUUUAUCACAUGUGGUAGGUUUAUUUGCUGUCAGUAAUGGUCCAUGCCAAGCCUGUCAGAUGAACUUUUUUUAUUUCAGACACAGACUUCUGCGGUACUAGACUGGUGUGAGCAGCAAACUGCGUGUGAGAAGAGUCGGUGCUGAUGGAGACGAGGAGAGUUUACAUCCAUAUUUGUUCAUUGAGGGGUUUAAAUGUGCAGUUUUAUCGUUGUUGCCCUUCGUCGCAUCAGCACAUUGCAAUAUGAAAAGUAUUUACUUGUACAGUAUGUGUUUUAAAGGCUGAUACUGGUAUUUAAUGGUUGCUUUUAAAUUUCACAGACUAUGACAGUUUGUGCAGGUUUUGUAAUAUGACAGUGUGGCGUAUUCAUGCAUAGCUGCACAAAACUUCUUUAAAAGGUUCAAGUGAAGCACUUCCCACAGACAUCCAGUGUAGUUUUGAUAAAUGAAACAUUGAAUGUGUAGUUUUAAAAACUGCAUCAUCACAUUGGAGGUGGAUGACACUGGCUGGUUGACGUUGGGCCUUCCAGUAAAAGCCAGUAUCAGAUUUGAUAUGUUGUUAAACCAGUGUACUGUAUAUCAGUGUAACCCUUCUUGUUAUAACAGAGGAGACUCACAGUGCCUCUCAUCUUUUAUUAUUUUAUUAUUAUCUAGUUAUCUGAUAUUGUUGUCCCCUUUUAUGUUCUUCAUCCUGUGUGGCCUUAUUUUCCUCCCAGCAACUUCUUUUCUUCCAGGGUUCCCUCAUAUACCUUCAUCUAUUCCCUCUAGAGGUAAAGACUUUUUUAAAACCUCUUUCUGACUGUGCCAAUAUCAUGUCUCCUCUUUUAGUUUUUCUCUUCCACUUUGUUCCCAAAUAUAAAACAUGGAAUUGGGAUAAUUUGGAUAGGCAGCAGAUGACUCAAAGUUCCACCACAAUACUUUUCCUAACUCUUUCAUAUGGAGUCAGAACAGUGACAGUAGGUUUUACCAUUGCAAAUACAAUAUUGAAAAAAGAAACAUUAGUGCUGAAAAAGUUCCACAGGAAAAAAAAAUGGCGCAUUAAAAAUGAUUUUAUUUUAUUUUAUUGCGCUCUGAUGUGGUUUUUAAUGACAGUCCGAAUCUAGAAGAGACAUUCUCUAUUUAGUAUGCAGAUAAAUCACGCCCUGUGAAUUCGUUUUUCAGUGCUGGUGUUUACUUUUUGAAUGCCAAAAUUUCUGAGAUACUGUCACUGUUGCAGCUCCAUACUUUUAGGUUUCCUGUAUUAUAACUAAUGAUAUAUAUGGUUUAUGGUAAAGUAUGAUUUUUGUUGGCCAUACAUACAGUUACAAACAAGUAUUAUGACGAUGUGUCUGAGAUAUUUACCACUGUGUCAGCAGUAGUAAUCAUGUUUUUAUUCAUCCAGCCAUUCAUUCAAAGUCAAAGGUGUUACAGAGAACAGCUGUAAUGGAUCUUUGAUGUUGAGUGGAUUGUUCCUAAAUUGGCAUUUAGAUAUUCCCUGUGUCUGAAGACAUCGAUAAAUUAUGAAACACAUGUUUGGUCCAUGGGGUUGCUGCUCAACCACGUCACACUGCUUAUAAGAGAUGUUAAACUGACAACGCAAACAUGUCUGGACAUACUGAACUUUAAUGCCUAUACAUUUUAUAAUAUCCAUGUGACAUAAGUGACUGUCAUUUCAUCAAAUCUUGGAUCAUAAUUUGGUUCUCUUUAAAAAACAAAAAUCAUGACCAGAAAAUUAAAUAUAGAUAUAAGUUGUUAAGUUGAGGUUUAAUGGAAAUAUUACCAUUUGUUCUUUGUUUUGUGGUAAUAAGGACUCCACUACCCACAUUACAAUGUGGUAACAUCAUGUGUGUUGUAAUGUGCUAAUUGCUACUUGGAUCUGUUGUUUUCGCUGUUAUGAUAUUUUGUCAUGGAGGCCAACUGACCUUUGCCCCAUGUUUUUGUUUUAUAUCACAUGUAUUUUUACAGUGUAAAUGAGUUAUAAGCACGACAAAUCAGACCAGCCCACAUCUGAAGCUGAUGGAUGUCUUCAGUGCUCUUUGCUCAGCAUUCUCCAUGUUGAGUGAUUGCUUUCCAUUAGCAUUAUCCAAACAGAGAGUUCUGUACAUGUAGGUGAAUGUCUUUAAACAACAUACUGUAACACACUGUCACCGCUGCUGGUUCAAAUUAAAUAAUACUGUCUGAAUAUUA